AUGCUAAAGAUAAGUUUCUCGAGGCAAUUGGUCAGAACUUUUGCUACCACGGCGGAUGAAGUGACAAUCCCUAAAUUAACUGAUAUUUUAAUCGUUGGUGGGGGCCCAGCUGGUCUUACAUUGGCUACUGCAAUAAAGAAUUCGUCUCAUCUAGCAAAAUUAAAGACAACUCUGGUAGAUUCAGCAAAGCUUACCGAGAAUGUCCUUCCUUUUUACUCAAACCCACCAACCGAGUAUCAUAAUAGAGUCGUUUCAAUAACUCCAAAAUCUCUGAAUUUCAUCACCAAUACACUGAAUGUGAAAUUGCUCGAAAAUAGAAUUCAACCUUACGAUGGAUGCUACAUUACCGAUGGUAUAUCUAAGGCACAUAUGUCACUGAAUAAAGAAUCAAUGCUAUAUAUGGUAGAAAUAAUGAAUAUUCAAUCCUCAUUAUUGAAACAUCUCAAAGAAUUGAACUUAAAGGAAGAAGAUUUUGAAAUGAAGGAAAAUGUCAAAGUAGAGAAUAUCUCAUAUUCAAAUCCUGAAGAUCCUACGUCAUGGCCCCUAGUGAAACUAUCAAAUGGGGAGACCUACAAAACAAGAUUGUUAAUUGGAUGUGAUGGGGCCAAUUCGCCAGUUAAGAAAUUUUCCAAAUUAAACACUGAAGGUUGGAAAUAUAACACAUUUGGCACUGUCGCCACUUUGAAAUUGAACGGGCCUCCCAUAUUUAAAAUCAAUGGCUGGCAAAGGUUUUUAAAAUGGGGACCCGUAGCACAUUUACCAUUACCUGACAACAACGCAUCUUUAGUCUGGAGUACCAAGGGCAACACAUUAUCAGAGAUGUUUGUCAAUAUGGAUACAAAAGUUUUUGCUAGUCUGAUAAACGCUGCAUUUGUAUUGAGCGAUGCAGACUUAGAGUAUUAUUUCAAUGCUAUAAAAAAUAACACUAUGAAGUCAGAUGAACUAAUAGAUGACAUCAAUUUUAGAAUCAAUGAAACUUGGGAUAACUUAAAGGAUGAUUCAUUAAUUGAUGAAAUUUUUCCACCACAAGUUGUUGAUGUCGUAAAGGGCUCCGUAGCAAGAUUCCCAUUCAAGUUCAGUCACGUUGACAAAUAUGUCACAGAUAGAAUUGCAUUGGUAGGUGAUGCUGCUCAUACUACUCAUCCAUUAGCCGGCCAAGGUUUGAAUAUGGGACAACACGAUGUGGAAGAAUUGACAAAAGCACUUGAAAAAGCUACAUUAAGGGGUCUCGAUAUUGGAUCGGAAUUAGCAUUGGAACCAUAUUGGGCUGAAUGCUACCCUUUCAACAAUGUCAGGUUAGGACUAGCUGAUAAGUUACAUAAAUUGUACCAAACAGACUCAAAACCCAUCGUAGCCAUGAGAAGUCUAGGAUUAACCUUAACUGACAAGAUAGAACCCGUCAAGAACCUAGUUAUCGAUACGCUGACGGGCGGUGAAGAGAUGUGUAAAUAG